GUUAAACAAACAAAAUAUAAAACGCCACCUUCUUGGUUGGAUCUAGAGCGCCAUUGAGAGAGGGAUAAGGCCACAAGGGUUUGCGAGAUUUUUGGUACCCGAUUCAAUCUCACGCAAUUCGCCUUACCGAUGGGCAAUACUUCCUCCAUGCUCACCCAAUACGACAUCGAAGAGGUCCAGGAGCAUUGCAAUCACGCCUUUUCGCAGCAGGAGAUUGUAUCUUUGUAUCACAGGUUCUGCCAGCUCGAUCGUAACAGCAGCGGGUUCAUCACUGGAGAUGAGUUCUUGUCAGUGCCGGAGUUCGCAGUUAAUCCGCUCUCUCAGAGGCUGUUAAGGAUGCUUGAUGGCUUAAAUUUUAAAGAAUUCGUUGCGUUCCUGUCUGCUUUCAGCCCUCGGAUUAGCCUCCAGCAAAAAAUUGAAUUUUUAUUCAAGGUCUAUGAUUUCAACUCCAAUGGGAAAGUCACAUUCGAUGAUAUAUUGAGUGUAUUACGAGACUUAACAGGAUCAUUCAUUAGCGAGCAGCAGAGGCAGGAAGUUAUAACGCGUGUCCUUGAAGAAGCUGGCUAUAGAAGGGACUCCUCUCUUGUCCUAUCUGACUUCAUGCGGGUAAAUUGAGCUUUAGAUUCUUGGCAGCUCUCAGUUGAAGAUGGAGGUUGAGGUUCCUAUUGAUUAAGCUUUACACGCCUUCAAUUCAACCUGGCAUCUGGCCUGGAUUCCUCUGUUUGAUAUGCAGUCAUCAAUUGACAAUUUUAGAACAGGCUUUCCUUUAAACAUAAUGGUAUUAUGUACAAUAAUUACAAACAACAGUCAUCAAUCCAACCUAGUAUUUGUUUUCAAACCCAGCUUCAAACUUUAUGUUACUAGAUUCUAAACAAUAUGCACAAGUUGGAAGGAUAUCAUACAAUUUAUCCAUCGUCA